GUCCGCAGCCAAGUCCAACAGGUAGGUAGGUGCAUAUAUACAAGGCAAAUAUGCUGGGGUUCAUCACGUUGCCUGCAAGUACUGCAUCUUCAGUGAAGCGUUUGCGUCUGCAGCAUCUCUGAAAGAGAUGAGCACGCUCAAGUGUUUCCCGCACGGUCUGGCCAUGCCGGCACCGGCGCAUCCAAGCAGCUGGUAUGGGAGCCGGGUUGCGAGAAGAUCAGGCGGUGGGAGAUGGGCCAGCAAAGCCACCGUGACGACUAGUUUCGAGGGCACCAUGGCGGGGAUGGCGCCGGCCCCUGAGCAGGUGGAGACGAUGCGGUGUCUGGGCUUGGGAGGAUGGGUGGAGGAGCAGCUUCUGCCGCUCCUCACCCCGGUGGAGGACGCGUGGCAGCCCAGCGACCUGCUCCCCUGCUUCUCCCUCUCUGCAGCAGCAGCAGCAGCAGGCUCUAUCGUCCAGCAGCAGCCGGCGAUGACGAUGACGACAGAGGAGCUGCAGGCCCGAGCCGCCGACGUGCCGGACGACGUGUUGGUGUGCCUGGUGGGCAACAUGGUGACGGAGGAGGCGCUGCCGACGUACAUGUGCAUGGGCAACCGCGUGGCGGGGUUCUGCGACGAGACGGGCUGCAGCGACCUCCCCUGGGCGCGCUGGCUCCGCGGCUGGACGGCUGAGGAGAACCGCCACGGCGACCUCCUCAACCGCUACCUCUACCUCUCCGGCCGCGUCGACAUGCGCCAGGUGGAGAGGACCGUCCACUACCUCCUCCGCAACGGCAUGCAGAUGCUCAGGCCGUCCAGCCCCUACCACAACGCCGUCUACGGCGCCUUCCAGGAGCGCGCCACCUUCAUCUCCCACUCCCGCACCGCCAGGCAUGCCGCGCGCCACGGCGACCGCUGCCUCGCCAAGAUCUGCGGUGUCGUCGCCGCCGACGAGAAGCGCCACGAGACGGCAUACACCAAGAUGUCCGCCAAGCUCUUCGAGCUCGACCCGGACGGGAUGGUGCGCGCGCUGGCCGCCGUCCUGCGCGACAAGAUCACCAUGCCCGGCCAGCUCAUGACCGACGGACGCGACGCCGACCUCUUUGCACACUUCUCGGCGGUGGCGCAGCGCGCCGAGGUGUACACGGCGAGGGACUACGGAGACAUGGUGGAGCACUUCGUGCGGAGGUGGAAGGUGGCUGACCUCGCCGGGGGACAGCUGUCCGGCGAGGGACGGCGCGCGCAGGACUAUGUGUGCGGGAUGCCGCGGAAGAUCCGCCGGAUGGAGGAGCUGGCCCACGACCGUGCGAUCAAAGCCGCCAAAGAGCCCGAGUUCGCAAGGUUCAGCUGGGUCUUCGACAGGUCCGUUUGCAUAAGAGCCUGAUCCAUGCAUCCAUCUACUCCGCACGGUCUUGCGGACUACUUAAUUCCGAUCCAUGAAUAACAAGCAGCAACAUCAGCGGCAGGAUGAGGGAUCGUCGUCGUAAUAAGUAACCUAAGCUUUCUACGCAACCGUGUUACGUACUUUUGAUUCGAGUUGAGCCAGUGAAGUCGAGGAAGCUAUUUAGCUUCCACCUAUGCAAAUUGUAUGCGUUUGUUGGUUUGUUCAAUCUAGCCUUCGACUAUUUUUCCGAA